AUGUUUUUACUCUACUGUGUUUUGAUUGUACCCCUGUGCACCGACAGUUGCGUGCACUGUGCAGAAAUAGCGCUUGAACCGCCAUUGUGGUCAUCCAACAGUACCGGAACGAGGGACACACAGUUCCUGACCACCGUACUGCGAGAGCACUAUCGUGUAAUCGAGUCCGAAGUGUACAUUCGUAUUUGGAACGGAAAUGACUCGCAAAGUACACCGCUUCAAGCUGAUCUUGUGGAGGACAUUGUACGCCAAAACAGCGAUUGGAUGGUCGUGUCUUUUGGUGAUCUGGUAGCGGUCGAACAUCGACUCGGCUACUACCACGUGUUUGUGGUGCUUGAUUAUGAUUCAUUCUGUGCCGGUUUGCAGAAUUUAAUCGAUGGUGGAGGAGGAAGCCAUAAUUUCUACGGUUUGUACACAUUCUACAUCGAGCAGCUCGGUAAUGUUGAAUUGCUUGCAGAUGUGAUGCAAAAGCUCUGGAGCAUCCCAAUCAUUAAUGCGAUCGUAAUAGUGGAGGAAAGUGAUGGAGAGUACGUAGCCUUUUCGUACUAUCCUUAUCGAGAACAAAGCUGUGGCAUUACCGAACCGUACGAAAUUGGACGAUAUUCGAACGGAAUGUGGGAUCGAUUGGAUGGUUUGUUUCCGAAUAAAUUGACAAACCUGCACGGAUGUCCACUUACCGUCGGUACGGUAGAAAUUCAACCAUUCUCCAUGAUGCGCGAGGAGCACAAUCGUACAGUACACUUCGGAUAUGAGGUGUACAUCGUAGAGACUCUUGCCGCCCGUAUGAACUUUACCAUCCGGUACGUGGAGCCGAAAGAUAACAGCAAAUGGGGCAUACUGAGCGGGUACAGAAACAGUACCGGGUUGGUUGGCAUGCUACACCGCAAGGAGGCAGACUUUGGGUUCGGUAGUCUCGGAUUUUCGCUAAGUCGCCACACGCACCUAAAGAUGGGCAUCCCAAACAUGAUGACGCAGAUGAUUAUGGGCAUACCACCGAAACGGCCGUAUUCAUCGCUGGAGAAGCUGUUCCAACCGUUCACGGUCGAUGCGUGGCUUUGCAUUGCCUUCGGGUACGCGAUGUUUGGACUGGUGACGAUCGGGCUAUUCCAACUUAACCGUCGUACGAUCCGUGUUGAACAAAUACGCAAUCCGCUGUAUCUGCUGUGGGUACUGCUGAUGGGUGGUUCGGGUACACAGUUCCGGCUGGACAGUACACGCCUCUUUAUGGUUGGCUUCAUACUCAACACACUGAUCAUCCGGACACUCUACCAGGCAGGAAUGUUUCAAAAGCUCCAAUCCUCUGCCUCGCUAGCAUCCGAUAUGAACACACUGGAUGCGAUCAAUAGGGCCGGUGUGUACUACAACAUGUUCCGUGCGUCGUUACAAUUCUACAAAGACAAUCCAAAAGUACCAGCUAGUCGCAUUAGGCUGGUGCAGAACGAUCAGACGGAUUGGGACGAACUGUUCUAUAUGGUGGCACACGAUCGGUUAGGUGGUGUUAUGGUAAGCCCGGUCGAAUGUAUCGCCUACUACGUGAAGCGCUACGGCAUGGGUGGUGUGGUGUAUCUGGGCAAGAAUACUGGCUUUAUGUACAAUCUUGGGUUUCAUUUUCCGAAAUCGACCCCUCUGCAAGGACCGUUCGAUGAGUGGAUACUGCGGAUGCAUACUUCGGGCCUGACACACAUUUGGGCGGAAAACUUCCGUGACAAUCGGUACUGGACGAAUGCGAAAGAAGAUCCAGAACCGGCCAGCCUGAAGUGGAAUCAAAUAUCUGGUGGGUUUUAUCUGUGCAGUGUGUUGCUUUGCUUUGCAUCGGUCGUGUUUUUGGGAGAGUUGCUACACUAUCGUUUACGUACUAGUAGAUUGUUGGGAUGUACUCUAAAGCUGCGUCAGAAGCCGGUAAAGGAGGCAUAG